AUGUCCCGACGACCGCAAAAUAACAAUCACAAUCACAAUCACAAGAAACGAGAUGAGGACGACCCGGGAAUGAUUCAAUUUCCUCCCAUGUUCAACUGCGCCUCCAAUGACGAUGAUCCCUUUACCAGAGACGUUAAUACCUCGCCGUACGAAUUUGACAUGGACGACGAUGGGUAUGCGGCCUAUAACAGUAAUAAGAAUCGUGGCAAUGCAAACAAUCGAUCUCCCUAUGGAGGUGCGACAAUAUUGCCACCUCACGCAUUGGAUCGAAGUGCUUCCAUUUCCACUGUGGAAACGGGCGGUAUUUCCUUGCACGAAACCGAACACAUAUUGGAAGACGGAACUCGCGUCGUACGCACAGAGACUGUCGACACCAAGGCUGGUUUUGUAGUAGAUGUCAAUACGACUCACAAGAAACCACAAGGUGUUGGUGGAAUGUUUCAAAAGAAAAAGUUGGGAGGCAAUCAUCAUCGAAGGACUCAAUCCACGGGAGCUGCAGCGGCCAUGGCUGCGGCUGCGAACAAUAAUGGUAAUGAUCAUCAUGGCAAUGAUGACAAUACUACUCUCAUUAACAAAACCAGCAACCACAAACGAGGUCAUUCCACUGGAGCGGCAGCGGCGGCGGCCGCCAUGGCAGCAGCAACGGCAAAAGCACCUCCUGCCGUUUCAAAAUCGAGGUCCCGCAGUCCCGUUCCACCACCACCACUUCCUACUCAAUCAUCGGAAGAAAAGAAGGAUGAUACCAUCCAUUUGGUAUUUACACCGUCCGAUGAAGAGGAAGCAGAUGGUGGUGCAAACGCUUACAAGAAUGAUAAUCAAGACAAUGAUGAAGAAAAUAAUAAAAAUAGUGCUGCAGCACUUGGCAAGGAUGAAAUCAAGAGUGACGAUGAAAACGACUUUGACGACGAUGACAAAGAUGAUGAAAUAUGUGGUUUUCCGAGACGAACCUUCAUCAUCAUGGCCAUCGUACUCUUGUUGCUGAUUUUGAUUGGUGCGAUUGUGGGAGGUGUCAUGGCAUCGUCUUCGGACGAAUCAUCUCCCUCUACAUCGGCAGCGGUUGAUGCUCCAUCCGAUAAUAGCAAUGGUGGAGUACCUACCAUUCCUCCAGCAGCAGCAACAGUACCCACCAAUGCUCCUACUGAAAUCAUCAUUCCUACGCCAGUGCCGACUGUUGCUGUCGCAUUGGAUGCUGAGGUUGCCAACUUGGCCAAUAUCCUUUUGCCGCCAGAAGAAGUGGACAAUUUGAGCAUUUUUGAUCCGGCCUAUCGUUCCUUGGAAUGGUUGCUCGUGGACGACGAUACCGAAGCCAACCUUGGGAUUUCACUGCAAGAAGAAUCGCAAGCCUUGCGCGAACGAUUUGCCGUGGCAAGCUUGUAUUUUGCGACCAAUGGCAAGGGAUGGGUGAGCAGCGAUCAAUGGUUGACACCCGUCACCGUGUGCGAUUGGGAAGGUGUCUCGUGUCGCGAGAAUAAUGUCACAUCUCUUGUCUUUAAUGCCAAUCGAUUGGAUGGGGAAUUGCCCAGCACAUUGAGUCAACUGUCCUGGCUCGAAGUUUUAAAUGUGCCGCAAAAUGCUAUCAAGGGUACCUUGAAUACCGAACUAGGCCUUUUGACCAAUUUGGAGAUUUUUAAUGUCUACAGCAAUCGAAUGAGUGGUACUGUUCCCACCGAAAUGGGAUUCCUAAGUAAUAUGGUCGAGCUGACAUUGUGGUUCAAUACGUUGGAUGGUCGGGUACCAACGGAACUGGGACGAUUGACAAGGCUAGAAAAGUUGGACAUUGCCCAAAAUGAGUUUACGUGGCAAAUUCCAACCCAGUUUGGCAACUUGCAAGCCGUCCGCAGGCUAUUUUUGGAUGGAAACUCAUUUUCGGGACCACUUCCCACCGAGUUGGGAAAUUUGGAACGACUCGAGUUGCUGCACGUUCCCAACAACGAACUUACGGGCAUUGUACCAAGCCAAUUGGAGAAUGCGCAAAAUCUAAUUGAUGUCAAAUUCUCUGCCAACGCCUUUACGGGAGGCUUGGAAACUUUGUUUUGUAGCCGCCAAAUGAGUUUGUUCUAUUCUGAUUGUUCGAAUGGUGUCUUGAAUUGCCCCUGCUGUACCCAUUGCUGUGGGAAUGGUGGCUGCAAUGAACAAACUACGACAUUGGCUCCUACCAUGGCACCCACCAGUCGACUGGGUACCUUGGUAGACAUUUUGAUUGGUCCGGAUCAAGACAAGCAGACUGCCGUCUUGUCCGAUCCCAACAGUCCCCAAUACAAGGCCCUCAUGUGGAUCAAUGAGGAAGACUAUCCAGUGGAUGAAGAUGUUGAAGAUUCUUCUAGCUUGCAAGAGCGAUAUGGUUUGGCAGUGCUCUACUAUGCUACUGGUGGAGAUGUGAAUUGGUCCGGAGGAGGUUCGUGGUUGUCUCCUGGAUUCCCACAAUGCCAAUGGGAGUUUGUCCAGUGCCUUGCCAAUCAAGUUCGCUUUUUGACCUUGAAUAACAACAAUAUGAUUGGUACCAUUCCGGAAGAAAUCUCCAAACUUUCCCAACUACGAUCGCUCGAAAUUCGAAACAAUCCCAUGAUUCCUUCGACGAUUCCCUCGGAGAUUGGAAACCUUCGAUUCCUUUCCAAUUUGUCCUUGGAAGGCAUUUCGUUAACUGGUACUAUUCCUACCCAAUUGAUGCGACUUCAGUUCUUGACGUCCUUGAGACUGGCCAACAAUGAUUUGAUUGGAAACAUUCCAACUCGCAUUCAACAAUUGUUCAAUUUGAGAUUUCUAAAUCUGGCCACCAAUGCUUUGGAUGGUGGACUUCCGACCGAAUUGGCGACUUUGCGCCUGUUGCAAUCCAUCCAGUUGCAAGAGAAUUCGUUGAGUGGUUCCAUUCCCAUUGAAUGGGGUGCUCAGAUAUUGUCCGCCACUUCCACUGUGGGUGUCAUUCCCUCGUUUGAAUUCUUGCAAAUCUUGCGGUUGGAGGAAAACAACUUGUCGAAUACUUUGCCCAUUCAAUUGGGCGAAUUGAAAGCGUUGCGAGAAUUACAUUUGCAAGACAAUGCCUUUACCGGUGUCGUGCCCACCCAACUCAUGGAUUUGCCCGUCCUGCAAUACUUCCGACUUUCCUCCAAUCAGCUCCGUGGGACUCUCCACACGUACAUUGGGAACCUGCGGAAUUUAUCCUAUUUGAAUGUGGAAAAGAAUGCCUUUUCCGGGACCAUUCCAUUUCAAAUGGGCGGUUUGACCUCGCUCACUUAUUUGAGCCUAGCAUUCAAUCCCUUGAUGGGUGCGAUUCCCUCCAGUUUUUCCAAUUUGAUUCGAAUGGACAAUAUCUUUCUCCAUGGGACAAGUUUGACUAAUGGAUUGGACAGUUUGUUUUGCGAUCGACGACUGAGUUUGUAUUUUGCCGAUUGUUUGGAAGGAAUGGGUGAAAUUUCCUGUUCGUGUUGCAACUAUUGUUGCGAUGCUGUUGGAACGCAAUGUACUGCCGUGCAAAACUAA